CCGAGUAGUGUGUGUGUAGUGUGUGUCCGGGUGAAAGUGAACUGGUGAAAGUUAAAAAAAGACACAUUUGCUCAACUCUAUUUGUUCAACUGUUCAACAAUAAUUACUCUUUUGCAUUUCAUUGCCAUAUAAACAUGUAAAUUAGUAAAGCUCAAUUCAACACGUAAGCAAUAAGUUGCCCCACGACUAGAACGCUCGUCAUACACAUUUCGUACAUCUGCUUCUUCUUCUUCUCUUUUUCUUAUCUGUCAUGAAAUUCAGGAAGAAAACGAAUAACCUGCCAUUUUUUACCUGACUUCUUUUAAACGACUCGUUCCUAAUUAACUGGAGAGGAAAUAGAGAAAGAGAGAGAUGAACUUGUAAAAAUAAUUUUUACCAGGCCUGCGACAGACUUUGGGUGGGUGAGUGAGUGGUGUGGAUCCUCCUCGCUUCGUGUUGGUGCUAGUGGCGAUUGGGAGGGAUGGGGGCGAAGAAAAAGAAGAAAGGACAAGACCCGGACGCCCCACUGCCCUCCUCCCUCUUCGUCUUGACGGAAAAUACCAAAUUGAGACAAAUCACGAGGUUCAUUAUAGAAUGGCCCCCUUUCGAGUAUGCCGUGUUGGUCACGAUUCUAGCCAAUUGUGUCGUGCUGUCGUGCGAGGAGCAUUUACCAGAGAAGGAUAGGACGCUGCUUUCACUUCAGUUGGAAAAAACUGAGGACUACUUUCUCGGGAUUUUUUGUGCAGAAGCGUCCCUCAAAAUAUUAGCGUUAGGUUUUAUUCUUCAUCCCGGCGCGUACUUGCGCAAUAUCUGGAACAUAAUGGACUUUGUGGUCGUGGUUUCUGGUUUUAUCACGAUAUUCGCAUCCGGGGAGGAAGGAGGAAUAAAUUUAAAGAAUUUGAGAGCAAUAAGAGUCCUCAGACCUCUCAAGUUGGUUUCAAGAGUUCCUAGUUUGCAGGUGGUCAUGAAAUCAAUAGUGAAAGCGAUGGCACCCCUCUUCCAAAUUGGGCUCCUCGUUUUCUUCGCAAUCAUCAUAUUUGCCAUUAUAGGGUUAGAAUUCUACUGCGGCGAGUUUCAUAGGACGUGUUACAGUCUCUACGACCUGGAUGAGAUCGUGCUGGACGGGGGGUUUGCGACCCCGUGCGUGUCCAAUUUAUCCGGGGGAGCUCCAACCGGCAGCUACCCGUGUGAGACGGACAACUCGAUAUGUCUGGAUCAAUGGAUCGGGCCUAACUAUGGUAUUACAUCUUUCGACAAUAUUGGCUUCGCCAUGCUCACCGUGUUCCAGUGCAUUACGAUGGAGGGUUGGACAACGAUUUUGUACUGGACGGAUGAUGCCGUGGGGAGUAGCUACAACUGGAUUUACUUUGUGCCUCUGAUCAUAAUUGGGUCUUUCUUCAUGCUCAAUCUAGUUCUCGGAGUACUUUCCGGGGAAUUUGCCAAAGAAAGGGAACGCGUCGAACAUCGCCAAACAUUUCUAAAGCUGAGACGCCAAACCCAAAUGGAGAAAGAACUGAAUGGUUUCCUUGAAUGGAUAUGUCGCGCGGAGGAAGUCAUCUUGAAUGAAGAACGAACCUCUGACGCCGAUAAGCAGAGAAUUCUUAAAAAGAGGAUGCGAUUAGAGGCAAAGAGAAAAAAGUUGAAGACAGCGAAUGCCAAAAGUACAGAUACCGACGAAGAUGCAGAAGCAGAUGUAUACUCCUCACCUGCCAAAAAAUCGAGAAGUACGACGUCGACUUUUUGGAGGAAUGAGAAAAGAUUCAGAUACUGGAUACGUAACGUGGUCAAAAAACAGUGGUUUUAUUGGAGCGUUAUCGUCCUCGUUUUCCUGAACACGGCCUGCGUCGCAACGGAGCAUUACAAUCAGCCAAAAUGGCUGACAGACUUUAAUUCUAAGGCAGAAUUCGGCUUUUUAGGUCUUUUUAUAUUCGAAAUGUUUGUAAAAAUUUACGCGUUAGGGGUUCGGACCUAUUUUCACUCCUCGUUCAACCGAUUUGACACCGUGGUCAUUUCUGGCUCCAUUUUCGAAGUAGUUUACUCCCAGUUCAAACCCGACUCUUCUUUCGGUCUAUCGGUCCUGAGGGCGCUCAGAUUGCUCCGAAUAUUCAAAGUGACCAAGUACUGGAGGUCGCUGAGAAACUUGGUCAUUUCGCUACUCGCCUCGAUGCGCUCCAUCAUUUCCUUGUUGUUCCUCCUCUUCUUGUUCAUCUUAAUUUUCGCCUUGUUGGGAAUGCAACUUUUCGGUGGUGCCUUUAACUUUGUGGAUGGGACACCAGCAACUAAUUUGGAUACGAUUGUUACCUCGUUAUUGACAGUAUUUCAGAUUCUCACUGGAGAAGAUUGGAACGAAGUAAUGUACCUCGGGAUUAGAUCGCAAGGUGGUCUAAAUGGGGGCAUGGUGUACAGCUUGUAUUUCAUUAUCCUCACAUUGUUCGGAAACUACACCCUGCUAAACGUUUUCCUCGCCAUUGCUGUCGACAACUUGGCAAAUGCGCAGGAAAUGACGGCAGCCGAGGAAGAGAAGGAGGAGGAGGAGAGGGUAUUGCAUAUUAAGAUAUUGGAAAAAAGAGAAAGCUCCCUUUCUAAUGAUUCAUCACGGUCACAGAAACAACAAGGAUUAGCACCCGAGCUAGAAGAUGUUGCAGAAGUCGUGGAAACUACGGGGCCAAAACCAAUGUUACCUUACUCCUCAAUGUUUAUUUUUUCUCCGACAAAUCCAGUGAGGAGGGCAGCUCAUUGGAUCGUAAAUUUAAGUUUCUUCGACUUAUUCAUAAUGUUCGUCAUCUCCCUGAGCAGUAUUGCCCUCGCGGCGGAAGAUCCCGUGGAUGAGAAAUCAGCAACCAAUCAAUUCCUUGAGGUUGUGGAUUACGCAUUUACAGGAGUUUUUGCGGCGGAAAUGCUCCUAAAAGUCAUUGACCUUGGCAUAGUUUGGCAUCCCGGGGCGUACUGCCGUGACCUGUGGAACAUUUUAGAUAGUAUCGUUGUCAUCUGCGCAAUAGUCGCAUUCUUUUUCACUCCCCCUAAAGUGGGCGAGGGGGAAAUAGUGCCGGAGGACCUCGCAGGUGCGAGCGACCUAAGCGCAAAACUGAAUACAAUCAAAUCCCUUCGCGUCCUCCGUGUUCUUCGGCCUUUGAAAACAAUAAAACGUGUUCCAAAACUUAAAGCUGUGUUCGACUGUGUUGUCAACUCUUUGAAGAAUGUGUUCAAUAUUCUCAUUGUCUACCUCCUAUUUCAGUUUAUUUUCGCUGUAAUUGGUGUUCAACUUUUCAACGGGAGAUUUCAGUUUUGCAACGACGAGAGCCGCAUGAAUGCAAAGGAUUGUCAUGGAGAAUUCUUCAUCGGCAGGGGAGACGGACCCCCAAAACUUGUGCCAAGGGUGUGGGAUAAGCAAGACUUUGUGUAUGAUAACGUCCUCGUAUCCAUGAUGACCCUUUUUGCGGUACAGACUGGGGAAGGGUGGCCGACGAUAUUGCAAAACUCAAUGUCCGCCACGUGGGAGGAUAAAGGUCCACUGCCAAAUUUCAGGGUUGAAAUGUCAAUUUUCUACAUAGUUUAUUUCGUCGUGUUUCCCUUCUUCUUUGUGAACAUUUUCGUUGCCUUGAUCAUCAUUACAUUCCAAGAACAAGGCGAGUCAGAGUUGCAGGAUGGAGACAUCGAUAAGAAUCAGAAAUCCUGUAUUGAUUUCACAAUCGCGGCGCGUCCUCUGGAACGGUACAUGCCCGAGGACAGAGAUUCAUUACAGUUUAAAGUGUGGAGAAUCGUGGCGUCGACCCCGUUCGAGUAUUUCAUCAUGCUUCUCAUCAUCCUCAACACAUUCCUCUUAAUGAUGAAGUAUCACAACUCUCCAGCCGAGUAUAACAAUAUUCUAUCCAACAUUAACAUCACUUUCACCGUGCUUUUCACGACGGAAUGUUGUCUGAAAGUGUAUGGGUACGGGGUGAAAAAUUUCAUGAAGGAUCCAUGGAAUGUUUUCGACUUUAUAACUGUGAUUGGAUCCAUCAUCGAUACGGCGGAUCUGUUAAACCUCGCGUUUCUCCGAAUGUUCCGAGCAGCGAGAUUGAUCAAGCUUUUAAGACAAGUUCAAACCACGAGGAUGUUGCUGUAUACGUUUGUUCAGUCCUUCAAAGCCCUGCCUUACGUUUGUCUCUUAAUUGCAAUGCUCUUCUUCAUUUACGCAAUAAUUGGAAUGCAGAUUUUCGGGAAUAUUGAACUAAAUCCGGAAAAAUCUAUAACAAGACAUAACAACUACCGGAACUUUUUUCACAGUUUGAUGCUACUUUUUCGAUGUGCUACGGGGGAGUCGUGGCCGUCGAUAAUGUUGUCCUGUGUAGCGGGUCAACCUUGUGACCCACUCGCAGGAAAGGAAGGACCGGAAUGUGGUUCAAACGUGUCUUACGUGUAUUUCAUAUCCUUCAUUUUCUUGUGUUCAUUUCUUAUGUUGAAUCUCUUCGUUGCUGUAAUUAUGGAUAAUUUUGACUACCUCACACGAGAUUCUUCAAUUCUUGGUGCACAUCACCUCGAUGAAUUCAUACGAGUUUGGGCAGAAUAUGACCCAACUGCUUCGGGAACAAUCCACUUCACCGAGAUGUACGACCUCCUGCGAAAUAUGGACCCCCCACUCGGUUUCGGUGGAAAGUGUCCGUAUCGUCUCGCUUAUCGGAAACUUAUCAGGAUGAACAUGCCCUUGAAUGACUCGGGAGAAGUGCACUUUUCAACCACAUUAUUCGCCCUAAUUCGAGACAACCUUUGCAUCAAGUUACGUCCCGCUCCGGAAAUGGACCAAGCGGAUAGAGAAUUGAGAGAAACUAUUGGAAAGGUUUGGCCUUUCCAAGCCGCCAAAAUGUUGGACCUUCUCGUUCCACCACCACCACCGAAGGGUUCGAAAGACAGGGUCAUGACGGUGGGCAAGUUGUAUGCAGGGUUGGUCAUUUUUGACGUGUGGAAGGCGAAAAAAGUAUCAGGGAAGUUGCACCCGGUCGUAGUUGAAGCGGUGGAAGCGGAGAAAUUAAGCGGUACGGGGAUGAACCGGGUAUCUUCGAAUUUAUCGGACGUAGUAGAAUUCUACCCGGGAACUGAGGAGGAAUUAAAUUUUUGGGAUGAUGAUGGAGAAUCAAGAGGAGACUUUGUCCAUCAAGCCGCCAUGGUUAUGAAUCAAGGUAUUCAGGAAAGUAUAUUCCCACCAUUGCAAAACAACCUUGGCUUCCAGGGGCAGUUUUCGGAGGGGAAUGUCCCUCCAAACCCACAGAUGGAAGUUUCCCCCAACGGAUGGACUCGUCGGAGACGACGAAUGCGCAGAAAUGACCCCUCCUUCAAUAGAUUUGAAGUAUAUAGCGACGAAAAUGAAAGUGACAAUCUUUACAAUCACCGAAGAAAUCAGCAGCUCGCCGGAAACGGGCUGCGUUACCCUCCCCCGCUAAGACCAAGCCGACCAAACUCUUUCCCUAUCACCCCAAGGAUGGUAAAUUACCAAUUCCAAGCAAGAAAUCAGCCCCCUCUUCACCCUCAUCAAAUGGUGAGGAGACCUUUUCUCCCACGACCGCAGAGAGGAGGGUUUGAAUAUGACCAGAUUUCCCCCUUUUCUGUGACACCCGUCUCCUCCCCCAAUUUCCGUGGAGUAGUGACACCUUAUAGUGAAGUAACGUUUCCAAAUAGAAAUAUAUUCCCUUCCCAAGUUUGGGAACAUAAUCGAAGUCGUGGUCCCAGAUUUCAAAAUUACUCCACCCAUCUUCAUCCCACCUUUUCUCACCCAUCUACACCAAAACUGCCUAGGAUACCAGUUCGCAGCAAUGGAUUUUUAGAAAUAAUAAAUUCCCCUUCUUUCGGGAGAGAGGGAUCUCUUUUGAGGAGGAGAGAACUGCCAGGAAUUCCUACAGUAAAUAAUAGGACCAUAAGCCGACCGGGUAUUCGGACCGGAACUGGGCGAAUUUUGCCGAUCCCCCCCACUCAGCAGAGUCCACUGCCUGUCGUGGUCCCGUCGCCCCUUUACUCAGACCCCGGCUGGUACGGUCCCACGUCCUACCUCCUCCGGAAAUUCCGCGAUUUUAUGGACGACGAGGAGGAAGAUGACGACGACUGGGUUUGACGAUUGACCAGCUUAGGACCUUUUACAAUUAAAUGCUGCAAAUAAUUUGAAAUUUAAUUAUGAAAUUUAAUUAAUUAUGCUACAUUAUCCGCCUUAAAUUGAAAUCCUGCCCGAUUUUAUACGUAUUUCUGAUUUUUAAAGAGUCCAGUCAUCCAUCCACUUGAAUAUCCUGUCACUGUCAUUUCAUACUAAAUAAAUACAUACGUAAAUGUAUGGGUUAAGUUGGUUUAGCUUUUUUAUAAUGGGAAUUUUACCCUUACGAGCGAGUUGACAGGUGGAAUACAAAUAAUAAUUACUCCUAGAAAGACAUUAAAAACAAGAAGACUUAGACUUUUAGGAAGCAAGGUCGACUGCCAUACUACUUCUUUAUACGUUGAUUAUAAGUAUGUUAAUUAGUUUAAGUCAGGUGAUAGAGGAUCCUCAUUAUUGUACCCCGCAUACCUAGCAUAGACUGAGUGUGAGAUGUGUAGAAAAAUGAGAAUUAUUGUAUUGUAUUUGUAACUAAAUUAUUUACAUUGUAUGAUUGAAGCUCAACCAUUGUAGGCUAGAAUAGACGAACAAAUAAACGUUGUUCUCCCGAAAUUAUA